AUGUGUGCACAGUAUUAUCCGUCCUCAUCCCCUUCGUCCACUCCGCAACAGCACAACGGACAAGAUUCUAGAUUUUUCUAUGAACGAUUUCGUCCCAUGUUAUUGUUGUUCUCAUCAUCAUCGUUGACAACAACGAGAGGAGAAGACAACCAUCGAGUGGAUGAUGAAAAGCAACAACAGGAGGUAUUACAACGUUGGUUAUGGUCGGGAUGUUUGGAAGACUUGAUUCAUCAUAACAACAAGGAACAGUCUUCUUCAGCUCUAGUGGUGGAUUUGAAUGAUUAUUCAAUAUCAUCAACGCAACAACAAGGUCUUGACUCAUGGGUCAUCUUUCAGGUACGCAUUGAAGGAAUGAGAUGUGGUAGUUGUUCCAGUUUGGUCAGUCGGUUGUUUCAGGACUAUCUUACAGAACGAUUCAAUCAUCAUGAAGAACAACAAGCCAACCAUGAGCAAGUGGUCCGAAAGUAUCAUCAUCAUGUAGAUUUGGAAAAGAAGCGACUUGUAUGUGUGGUAGAGAGGUCCCUUCUCUUCAAUCAUCAUGACGGAAAAAGUAUUUCCGAGCUCUAUGAUGAACAACUUGAGAGCAUCUUGAAUCAUAUCAAACAACACACAAGUUUUAUUCCGUUUGAAAUUCGAGCUUAUUCAACAACAACAGCAUCAACUUCACUUCACACCUCACCGGUCCAUCAUUCUUCAUUGUUGAACUUGACCCAGCACCAUCAUCAGGAUGAAAUUUCCAAAUUAUUAUUCGGAAUGGACUGGCUUCUGAUUGAGGAAAUUAUUCCAACCUCAACCUCCUCCUCCUGGUUCCUACUUUUAUGCAACAAAAAACCAACGGAACAACCACCACACCAAAGCAACCACCACACAUCUCCUCCAUUAUUGGAUGUUGAAAUUUGUUUCCGACUCCAACAAGAGGCCACCCCACAACGACUCUUGCAAAGCCUUUCAAAAAAUAAUUGUGCCAGUAUCACUCGUUUGGAACCUUCGGGAUUGUCUUGUUCAUCAUCAUCCACAUCGACAAUGCCUGUAUCAAAUCCGAAUCGAUUAUCUUCUUUGGAAGUGUCUUCUCCUCGAGAAGAACAUGAGGAAAUUGAUUUGGAUAUGAAUGAAGAUGAGGAUACAACCAAUAUAUCUUCGAGGUUAUUAUUGAACGAAAAUGAGGAGGAAGAGGACAGUGAUCGGUCGGAAAAGCCUUCAUUUUGGACAUCGUUGUGGACUCUUCUUGGCAAUGAAUCAUCCUCCGAGAGAAAGAAGAUGACCUCCGAUUUUGAUGACGAAUUUGAAAUGGAAGCCAUGAAUGGAGAACAAACCAUUGAACUCGAUGUAAUGGGAAUGCAUUGCUCUUCAUGUGUCGGAAAAGUAGAAAAUUCUCUGAACAGCACAAAAGGAAUUUUGAAAGCUUCGGUUUCUCUAAUGACAAACUCAGCAAGUGUCACAUAUAAUAGUUCAGAACUUUCGAGUCAACAAAUUGUGGAAACAAUUGAAUCAAUUGGAUUUCAGGCCUCUUUGAAACAACAAUCAAAGAGGAAGCAACAUCAUCAUGCAGAGAAAGAGAAUUCGGAAAAAGUACAACACACAAUCAAUGUGUGGAAGAUCCGAUUUAUCAUUUCUUUACUAUUUACUAUUCCUGUAGUUAUACUUACCAUUGCUAACAAACGAAAUUAUUCAGGCUACGAGUUGUACAAAGUGAGAUAUAAUUAUUCGCCCAAAGAUAAGCUUAAUUAUUUACUUGUAAAUUAUGGAUGUAUGAUUUUGACUGCCGUCGUUCACUUUGUGACAGGAUGGCACUAUCAUGUACAGGCUAUGAAAGUACUACGAAAUUUUUAUGCAGACAUGAACGUUCUAAUUUCACUCAGCACUAAUGCUGCGUUCUUGUAUUCUGUUGCUUUGCUUUUUACUACAACCUUGGAGAUGUAUGGCGUUAUUGGCCAAGCAGUCUCAAAAUUCCCUUCCUAUUUAUUUGAAACUUGUGUCAUGGUGCUGAUGUUCCAAAAUUUAGGCAAAUUUCUCGAGUCAAUUGCCAAGAAAAAGACUACAGAGUCAUUAUCAGCUCUUUCACAAUUACAACCUGCAAAAGCCAAUUUAAUUGACGAACAAACCAAAGAAGAAAAUUUGACAUUUAGCUCUCUCACAAGAGAAGUAUUCGUCGAGGAAAUAUCUGUUGGUGAUUAUGUUAUGGUUAAAUGUGGUCACACCAUUCCUUGUGACGGCGUUAUUGUCUUGGGACAAUGCUUUGUUAAUGAGAGCAUGUUGACUGGAGAAUCCAAAAGAAUUUUCAAGAAGAAGGGCUCCAAAGUAUUUGGAGGUACUGUCAAUGAGCAAUUUUCUUCUGGAACUGAAUCUGCUGCUGGUGGAGUCAUUAUUGUGAAAGUGACCAAGACAGGACAGGAAAGUGUAUUGGGUCAAAUCAUUACACUGGUGCAACAAGCUCAACACAACAAGGCACCAAUUCAACAAUUUGCUGACUCCAUUUCGCGAGUGUUUGUUCCUGCAGUCAUUGUGUUAUCUCUAAUUACUUUUGGAAUUUGGUAUUUCUCUUCAACUUUGGGAUUUAUCAAUAAUGGAACCAAUCGAUUAGAUUCGGUACUAUUUGCUUUGAUCUUCUCCAUGUCCGUUCUCUCAAUUGCAUGUCCUUGUGCUCUUGGAUUAGCCACUCCAACUGCAGUCAUGGUUGCAACAGGAAUUGGUGCUGCCAAUGGAAUUUUAAUUUUAGGUGGUCUCCCAUUAGAAAUUGCACACAAAGUAGACUGUAUUUGUUUUGACAAAACUGGAACAAUUACCAACGGAAAGGCCUCAGUGAUUGAUUAUGGAUUUUUCCAUGAGGAUGCUUCAAAAGUGUGCAUUGAUGAGCAAGACUUUUUUGAAAUGAUUGUUGGAGCUGAAAGAGCCAGUGAACAUCCUUUGGCGGAAGCUAUUGUCACCCAUUUUUCACCCAAGAUUGAACACUCGUUUGAGCAUAUGGACACAAGUUUGAACAUUGUUGGAGGAAAAGGUUUGAAAUAUGUUUUCACAAACAAGAGAGACAACAAACAGCAAACAGUAUUGAUUGGAAAAGCCUCAUUCUUGAGUCAGGAAGGAGUCAUUGUUGAAAACACCAAAGAUACCAAAUUUACAAAUACCAAAAAGCUCUUGAAAAAGGGCUGUACAGUGGUAUUUUGUGCUGUCAAUAAUGUUUUAAUUGGAUAUAUUGCAUUGUAUGAUGAAUUGAAACCUGAAGCUGCUGAGGUCAUUAGAACUUUAACAGAGGACUUUAAUAUCAAAUGUGUGAUUAUGAGUGGUGACAACAAGCAAGCAGUACAGCAAUGUGUCUCUCAUUUGGGUUCUAACAAGUUGGAUUAUCUCUAUGAUAAGACUCCUUCUGAAAAGUGUCAAUAUAUUGAAUUACUUAAAAAACAAGGACAUACAGUCGCAAUGGUUGGAGAUGGUAUUAAUGAUUCUCCAUCACUAUCAGCAGCAGAUAUUGGUAUUGCCAUUGGAGAUGGUACAGACAUUGCAAUUAAGAGUUCAGAUAUCAUUUUGCUUAAUUCAGAUUUGAGAGAUGUUGUUACAACUAUUGAGUUGUCUCACAAAACUUUUUCUAGAAUUCGAUUGAAUCACUUCCUUUCUCUUGGAUACAAUAUGAUCAUGAUUCCAUUGGCAUGUGGUGUGUUGUGGCCAUUUUAUGGUAUUGUUUUGCCCCCUUAUCUGUCAUCCAUGCUCAUGAUGCUUUCGAGUUUGAGUGUUCUCUUGAGCAGUUUGUCGUUGCGAUUGACUUUCAAAUCUCGAAAGAACUAA